ACCAGCAACACGGGGAGCUAGAUGAGUAGCUGUCUUGGAAAUAACGGGAGGGAACGCUGUCGCCAUAAUUUAAAAUAUGUGGUGGAAACAGAAGGUGAUUAUGAAGAUGAGACCUGUUUUACACUUCUGAAAAUGAGGACAUGUUUAGAACCAGAACUGCUUCAGGACAGCUGUUAGUCUAAAGAUGGAACUACUGGGGCAUCGCUUUCUCCCCCCCUCUCUCUCAUUAGCUACACCAUGAAGAGUGAUGCUGGAGGUGAUGACGUUGAGGUUCCUGUGGAGAAUGAGGCGUUCAUGGAUGAUUUCUUUGCUCAGAUUGAAGAUAUCCGUACCAGCAUUGACAAGAUUGAUGAGAGCGUCACAGAAAUAAAAAAAUUCUACUCGACCAUCUUGUCAGCCCCCACAUCUGACCAGAAAACACAGGAUGAUGUUGAAGCCCUCACUAAUGAGAUCAAGAAGUCAGCCAACAAUGCAAGAAACAAACUCAAGACUAUUGAGCGCCAGCUUGAGUCAAACACAGACGAGAGGGCCUCAGCUGACCUCAGAAUACGCAAAUCACAGCAUGCGAUCCUGGCCAAGAAGUUUGUAGAGGUGAUGACAAAAUACAACGAGGCUCAAGUUGACUUCAGAGAUAAGAGCAAAGGACGAAUUGCCCGACAGCUGGAGAUCACGGGGAAAGCAACAACUGAUGAAGAGCUGGAAGAGAUGUUGGAGGGAGGCAACUCAGCUGUCUUUACUGCUGGGAUCAUGGACUCUAAGAUCAACCAGCAGGCCCUGAAUGAGAUUGAAGCUCGUCACAAAGACAUCAUGAGACUGGAAAGCAGCAUCAAAGAGCUCCAUGACAUGUUUGUUGACAUCGCCAUGCUGGUUGAGAACCAGGGUGGCAUGAUUGACAGAAUUGAGAGCAACAUGGAUCAAUCAGUGGGCUUCGUAGAGAGGGCAGUGGCCGACACAAAGAAGGCAGCCAAAUUCCAGCAGGAGGCGCGCAGGAAACAAAUGAUGAUCUUCUGCUGCUGUGUGGUCUUGGCCCUCAUCCUUGGUUCAUUUCUCUACAGCUUCAUCAAAUAGAAAACCUAAACCCACCAGUCUACCUACUGGUCCAUACAGUAAAGGGG